AUGCCCGCAUCGAGCUCCAAGAAACUCCCAAACAGAGGCGGAAGGGGAAACAUCCUGAGCUUCUUCCAACCUGUUGCCGCGGCACCACGACCUUUGCGAAGCCGAAGCCCGGUAAAACCCUCUCCGUCCGCGCUGUCCUCGUCUCCGGAGCGAUCCGUCACGCCCUCAAAACGAGCGGCAGCGGAAAUAGGAGCUUCCGAUGACGACGACGAAUCCAAGGGUGAGUUUUCGGACGACUCGCUCGAAGACCUCUCGGCCAUGCUCAGCCGGAGCAAGAAUGCGGUCCCCGUGGAGCAAAAGGUGCAGCAUAAUCCGUAUGCUACACCCAGGACAAAACGAACAGCGGCCAAGUUUGCCUCGCCGUUGGCCAUCAUGCCGAGACGCAAAUUCGACAUGAACGCCCUUGCAAAGGAUGCACGGCAGGAUGACGCCACCACGGCGAGCUCGCUCAGGGUGAAGGAAGUCGUCAGCACCGCCAGGGCCAAGGAGACGAAUAUUCCGCCCUCCACGGCGGGUGACGCCAUUGCCGGCAUCAUGAAGGAUAACGGAGGACAGAACGCCCAGAAAGUGCUUCGGGCCGUCGAGCGAUCCGGCACCUCUCAAGCGCAGCCGAGAUACCUCUUCUUCGAGGAGGACUACAAGGCGCCGGCCGCCCCCAGGGCUCCGUCUUUCGCGAGAGGGUCCCCGUGGAAUCUCCUGACGCAGGGCAGUGCCAGGGCAAGAGAACAGCAUUUGAUGUCGGGGCUGCCGCAGACCAUCUUGCGCAAGAGCGGCGGCCUGCCGGAUCCGCUGUUCGACUGGAUGCUGGACUCGCUGUGCGUCCAGCCGUCAACCGUCACGAGGCAGGAAUACUGCAACAUGGUGGCCAGUUGUGCAGAACAAGUCGAGCGCCUCGUCACAGCCGAGCGGCUGCGGCAGUUGUUCGCACGUCUCGGGGCGAGAGAUGCCCAGGAGUCGGAGUCGGGCACGCCCCCCGCGUCGAGUGUACGCGGGUCGGAUCGUGAGCCGUACGAGGGCCGCGACUGGUCCUGUCUCGUGUCCUUCAUCUCCCUGCUCGGACUCGUCGCCGGCCACUUGUCCGUCCAGGCUGCGGGCUACGCUACUCAGACGCUUCUCCGACUAUCGCAGGAUAGAUUUCUGCUUUGCACCGCCGACGUACUGGCCGGGUUCGAAUACACGACGCAGCAACUCACCGCCGCCCUUCCAAGUUCCUCGUGGGACAGCUUCUGCUUCGAAACCUGCUCCCUCCUCGGACGGGGCCAAGACCAUCGCACCAUCAGAGCCACGUCCCUUCUGUGCCUCCCCAUCUCCACCAAGCGAGUACACGACUUGCGGAGGAGGAUAGCAGUCGCAUCGCUUUUCCAGGACGACUCUCUGGCCCUCCGCAACGCUGAAGACGUCGUCACUCUCCGGGGCAUCAUGGACAUCCUCGACACCGACAGCUUCGCGGUCACUCGCAAAACGGAUUUUUGCAAUCUCCGCGCCAGCAUCAUUCUUCUUGACAUGGCCAUCGACGAUGGCUCCGUGGUCAAGUUCGACCACGUCGACGACGAGAAAAAGUUCAACGAGGAGGUGGACGAAUUGGCCGGCAAGCUGCAGGAAAUCUGGAGAAAGAUAAACGACUCGGGCAUGAAGUUGGCGAGAACCGAGGCAAAGAGUGUGGUGGAAUGGGUGCAGAAGCGGCUGUCGCACAGCGUUCGGACACGAAGAAAAGUAAGAAAGAGCGUGUUUGAUUUUCCCGGGCAAGAUGAGGAUCCUUUUCUGCCGAGGCAGAGAGACUACAUGAGAAGGUUUUUUGCAAAAGACGGCGACCGCGACGUCGCCCCCUGUUGA